GUUCUUCCCCUUGAGGUCUUUGUAUCCAAGACACUCGCAGAUGUCUAAGAGAGGGCGUCGUACCGGUUACACGAACUAUUCCGUUCAGAAGCAAAUGUUGCUAUGCCAUGUCAUAGAGACUGUAAAACCCACAGGGCGCAACAUGUGGGAGCAGACCGCAAGACUGUACAACAGUCAACGCAGCAGUAGCUGGGCCGAGCGAGACUUCGACUCUCUCCGUCGAAAGUUUAAGAAUUUGUACACAAAGCCGAAGCGAUCCGGCUACAACGGCCGCUUGCCACCCAAGCAUAAGCCCGACGAGGGUCAAGACGACGCUCAGCUUAUAGCGGAGGUGAACGCAGCGACGGGAGGCGAAUUAGAACAUGCUGCUGGUUCCUUCGGUGAUGAAGAGCUCGAUGGUUCCGAAAGCAACGAGUUUGUAGGCGCCACUGACGACCCCGGUGACGACGAAUUGCCAGAUCAGGCCGUCUCCACUGAAUCAAGCUCACCGGUGACCCAAACUUCUCCCGGUGAGGCGGUUCCUGCCGUUUUGGGCUCCAUAGCUACUAGUAACGGGCUCGUGGACGCUCGUUUCGGAGAUUUGUUUCCUUCCGAUGACGACGACGAAGAUGGCGAUGAGGCCGGUGACAUGGCUGAUGGAGGCCAGGGGUCGCCACAGAGCACCGAACCGUCGACAAUCCACGCAGAGAGCAUGAUGGACACGCCUUCAGGCGGAGGCGCCACCACCGAUGCUAGGCGCAACUCGGGAAGACCCUCCAUACCCAAACAAACCAGGGCUCGGUAA